AUGAUGAGCAAGUGGAAGGACCAUUUUAGCAACCUAAUGUAUACUGAGCUGAACAAGAAGUUCCCAUCGACCCACACUGCAUCGAAAGACGGAAAGUGUUUUUUUAAGGCAAUUCGUAUUGCCUGUCACGUUGCUGGGGGCCCCGAUCUCGUCCCGUGCUCGCUCAUCGGAGAGUUUGAAGAUAAACAAGAAGCCAAAGGAUUAAAAGAAGGGGUGCCUACUGGAGACCCAAAGCUGUUCUUGGCCUUCCUGCGAGAAGAACAUGGUCAUUUCUUCAGUCAGCAACGUGGAGGGCCUCAGAAGCUAUCCGCUUCAACUGGUGUUUACGUGGUUGGGGCGACCGAUAAUGGAAGACUCAAGCACUGCUUCGUAUUGCGAGUGCUCGGAGACAGUCGGGAGCGCCAGGUCUUCGACCGGUAG